UUUUUUUGACAGGGUGGACAGUGAGAGAGACAGAGAGAAAGGUCUUCCUUUGCCGUUGGUUCACCCUCCAAUGGCUGCCGCGGCCGGCGUGCUGCGCUGGUCUGAAGGCAGGAGCCAGGUACUUAUCCUGGUCUCCCAUGGGGUGCAGGGCCCAAGCACUUGGGCCAUCCUCCACUGCACUCCCAGGCCACAGCAGAGAGCUGGCCUGGAAGAGGGGCAACCGGGACAGGAUCUAGUCCCGACUGGGACUAGAACCCGGUGUGCCGGCACCGCAAGGUGGAGGCUAGCCUAUUGAGCCACAGCGCCGGCCCUAAAGGUCAGUCUUGAUGUACAUUGCCUGUUGGCACUGUCUAGGGGACGGGCCUCAGUUCGCCAAGCUCCAGAGAGCUCUGCUGGGCCCCUGGCACUCCCACCUCCUCAAAGCCAUGAGGCAGGAGUGUUCUCCUUAUGUGACUAGGCACAAGUUCCAAGUGGGGAGGGGACUGGCUCAGCAUCCGGAGCCAAAACAGGAAUAGAACUGGGAGCUGAGCCUGGAGCAGUUCUGGGCUUUCGGUUCUCCGCAUCAACACAGCCAGCAUGCCUAUGAUUUCUGUGCUGGGCAAAAUGUUUCUGUGGCAGCGCGAAGGGCCCGGAGGACGAUGGACUUGUCAGACAAGUCGCAGAGUGGCCUCGGACCCUGCGUGGGCUGUGGAGUGGAUCGAACUUCCUCGGGGCCUCUCUCUCUCCUCCUUGGGAUCUGCUCGGACCCUCCGAGGCUGGAGUCGGUCCUCCCGCCCUUCCUCCGUGGACAGCCAGGACUUGCCAGAGGUGAAUGUUGGAGACACAGUCGCGAUGCUGCCCAAGUCCCGGAGAGCCCUCACGAUCCAGGAGAUUGCUGCGCUGGCCAGAUCUUCCCUGCAUGGCAUUUCCCAGGUGGUGAAGGAUCACGUGACCAAGCCUACCGCCAUGGCCCAGGGCCGAGUGGCUCACCUCAUCGAGUGGAAGGGCUGGAGCAAGCCGAGUGACUCACCUGCUGCCCUGGAAUCGGCCUUUUCCUCUUACUCGGACCUCAGUGAGGGCGAACAAGAGGCUCGCUUCGCAGCAGGAGUGGCUGAGCAAUUUGCCAUCGCAGAAGCCAAGCUCCGGGCAUGGUCUUCGGUGGAUGGCGAGGACUCCACUGAUGACUCCUAUGAUGAGGAUUUUGCUGGGGGAACUGACACAGACUUGGCUGGGCAGCUGCCCUUCGGGCCCCACCUCCAGGACCUCUUCACCGGCCGCCGAUUCUCCCGGCCUGUGCGGCAGGGCUCUGUGGAGCCCGAGAGCGACUGCUCGCAGACCGUGUCCCCAGACACGCUGUGCUCUAGUCUGUGCAGCCUGGAGGACGGCUUGCUGGGCUCCCCGGCCCGGCUGGCCUCCCAGCUGCUGGGCGACGAGCUGCUCCUUGCCAAACUGCCCCCCAGCCGGGAAAGUGCCUUCCGCAGCCUGGGCCCGUUGGAGGCCCAGGACUCGCUCUACAACUCGCCCCUCACGGAGUCCUGCCUUUCUCCCGCCGAGGAGCCAGACCCCUACAAGGACUGCCAGCCGCUCUGCCCCCCGCCGGCGGGCAGCUGGGACCGGCAGCGGCAAGCCUCUGAUGUGGCCUCCUCCGGGGUGGUGUCCUUAGAGGAGGACGAGGCAGAGCCGGAGGAACAGUGACCCAAAUCGUGCCGGGUGGUGGCCCGGGGCCCCUGGCCACUGCUAGGGGCAGAGCCUCCAUGUCCAGCUGUGGGCUCCGGGCUCUCAGCGGCUCUGCAGCCCAGAGAGCUCCUGGGAGCACUCACUUCUCCGUUGUGUGUCUUGCAUGAAAGUGUUUGGAGAGGCGGCAAGGGCCAGGCUGGGGGCGCAUGUCCUGCCCCCACUACUGGGGUUUGCCGGGGGUUGCCCGGGGCCCCUGGGGCAUGGCUACAGCUGUGGCACACAGUGAUGUACAUGUCCUUAAGUCAAAAACGCCACACACACAUUUCCUCCUCGGAUGAUGUGAACCCCUAAGGGGCUUAUUGUGACUGGGCUGUGUGGGGGUGGAGUGGGAGGGAGCCUGGCCACCUCCGCCACUGUCCCUGUGCCUCUCUCUUCUCUGCUUCUCACCUCCGAGUCCAUGUGCAGUGCUUGAUAGAAUCACCCCACCCGGGGGGCUGGCUUCCGCCCUGCCGGAGCAGGGAGCAGGGGCUGAGCCGUCCCCCAGGGCCCCUCGUCCAGCUGGGCUCCCGCCGUGUUUCCCCUCUCCGUCGGCUCUAAACCGUUUUUCCCAGAAGACAGGGUUGUGGGUCUGUUCUUUCCGUGGGAUCUUCUCGGGGAGGCGUUGGAUUAGGAACGAAUGCAUGUAUCCUCCGCCCUUCUCCCGGCUUCCCCGGUGGGCCUGGGCCCUCUCCCAGUUGCUCCUGGGAUGUGUGAGCAGCAGUGUUAUCUACAGGGUGGAGCUGGAGGCAGGGGUGGUUCUGGUUGAUGCAGAGCUGUGGCUUCCGUGUCCUUCCAGGGAGGGCCACAAGGAGGCCUCAGGGGUGGCCAGGUCAUCAUUGGCGGAUGCCCGUGGGGCUAGAAUUGUGCCAGCUGAGUGACUCUCCUCGGGGAGGGAAGGGGGUAGUGCCUUCCUUGGCUUUGGCAAAGGCCAAAGCUACGGUCCUGGGGGCCCCCUCCCCAGCCAAGGUGUUCAUGACCAAGCAGUGGCAGAUUUGGCCUCCCAAGGACACCGGACUCUGGAUUCUUAUGGCUGUGGGGAGGGGGCCAGCUGCAGAAUUGGGAGCCUUGUAGACACUGGCAGGUAAGAGGGCCCAUGGUAAGAACAAGAGCCAGCGGGCACAAGCAUUCUCUAUAUAAGUGGCUCAUUAGGUGUUUAUUUU